AUGAAAAGAGUGUACGAAAGUGGCUCCCAAAAAAGAAAAAGAAAGCAAGAAUUGGAAGAAGCUCAAAAGAAAUUAACAAAAAUUACAAAUUUUAUAAGUGCGAAGGAAAAAUCACAGGAAAUUGAAAACUCAAAUUCACAGGAUCCUACAUUUGAAGACGCUGAUUCAAAUUCAGAGAAAGCUGUAUCUACAAAUGAGAAAAAUCAAAUAAAUAAUGACAUGCCCAAUACCAAUAUUUCUUCAAAAUCGCUGCAAAAUAUUCAGUGUUCUGAUGUUGGUCUUUGGAGUCAUUUAUCUAAAACGGAUGUUGAUUACUGGAUUAAGAAGGGACCUUUAGACUGUCAACAUCGCAAUGGACCAUUUGAUAAAUCAAAGAGAGAAUUCACAAAUGCUUCUCGAUAUUGCUCUAAAAAUAUUUUUCAUGGAACAAAAAUUAACGGAGAAAAGUAUGAUAGAGAUUGGUUAGUUUACUCUCCUGCAACGGGAUGUGUUUAUUGUUUUGUAUGUAAAAUAUUUUCUGCAUCGUCAACAUCUCUUGCAAACGAAGGAUUUAGUGACUGGCGUAAUCUAAUUUCUAUUCAACAACACGAAAAUUCUGAAGACCACAGAAAUGCUUUAUUUUCAUUUUUAACGAGGAGACGUGAAUCGAAUUUGGAUUUGCAACUUGACAUGCAAGUUACUCAAGAAAAAGAAUAUUGGAAACAAGUUUUACGCCGAGUAAUAGACGUCAUUAGUACUCUAGCAGAACGCGGCUUAGCUUUCCGAGGAAGUGAAGAAAAAUUCGGCUCAUCAAAUAAUGGCAAUUAUUUAGGAAUCCUGGAACUGAUUUCAAGAUAUGAUCCAUUUCUUGCGACUCAUAUUGGACAAUACGGUAAUAGCGGUUCUGGAAAAUCGUCCUAUUUAUCAAAAACAAUAUGUGAUGAACUCAUCCAUUUGAUGGCCUUAAAAAUCAGAGAAUCAAUUUUACAAGAUAUAAAAACUGCAGGAUAUUUUAGUAUAUCUGUUGAUUCGACGCCAGAUUUAUCACAUAUUGAUCAAUUGGCUGUAAUUAUUCGAUAUGUCUCACCGGAUAAUGGAUUACCUAUUGAAAGAUUUCUAACAUAUCUUGACAUAAAAAGUCAUACUGGCGAAAAUUUAGCAAAGGUUGUCUUAACAUAUUUAAAAGAUGAAUGCCAAAUUAAUUUUAGUAAUUGUAGAGGUCAAUCUUAUGACAACGCUGCUAACAUGUCCGGAGUAUAUAAGGGAAUGCAAGCUAAAAUUCGAGAGGAAAAUGAAUACGCUAUAUACAUUCCAUGUGCUGGCCACUCAUUAAAUCUCGUUGGACGCUCUGCAGUUGAUUCGUGUCUUGAAGCUGUUCGAUUUUUUUCUACCAUUCAAGGGUUGUACGUAUUUUUCUCAGCAUCGCCGAAGCGUUGGUCCAUCUUGAAUGAAUAUUCGCAGCAAAAUAAAUCCUUUUUACAACUUAAACGACUUUCUGAUACAAGGUGGAAUGCUCAUGCACAAGCUACUUCAGCUGUAGCUAGAGGUUACAAUGAAAUAAUUGCUGCUCUUUACCACAUUGCUGAAGAUGGAAAUGAAAGCGGGGAAUAUCGAAAUGAGGCUUCUGCUCUGAUUAACAUAAUGGAGGAGCUCGAAUUCGUCUUUAUGUUAGAAUUUUGGGAAAAAAUAUUAAAUGAGUUCGACAAAACAUCUAAAGCUCUCCAAAAUGCAGAAAUAACAAUAAGCACAACUGCAAAACUUUACUUUGCACUGUCUCAGUAUGUGCAAAACGUUCAGCAAGAUUUUGAUGAGAUCGAGUCUCAGGCAAAAGGAAAACUUCCUGAUAUUGAUUAUAAAUCUGCGAGAAAACGAAAGAUAAAAAGAAGGAAGCAAGUUAAUGAUGGUAAUGCCCCUGAUGCUGCGGAAAAUUUAUCUCCUAGGGAUAAAUUUAAAAUGCAAUCUUUUAUUCCAAUGAUUGAUGCACUGAAAAGAAAUUUGGAAGAGAGAGCGCUUGACUGUCUGGAAAAAUCUCUAACAAAUAAGAGAUCAAUUGGCACUUCCCCAAUUAAAAAUCCCAUUAAUUUGGUGUUUGGGACAAUUGCCAAUAAUCCUGCUAUUGUGAUUGGAGAGGUUGCUGAAGACCCUGAAGUGUCUCUUGCUAAUCAAAGUUCUGACACUGAAGUGUUACAACCAUAUCAGGCUAGUACAGACUUAUCUGCAAGAUUAGCUAGGAAAUCCAAAUAUGUCAAAGAGAGAAUUAGAGCAGAUGAUACAGAAGAUAGUGAUGGAAAAGAUAUAUCUGAUACAGAAAUGGCUCAGUCCUUAAUUCCUGAAACCAUUCCAACAGCUUUGCUUGAUAGUUCUCAUGUUCAGUCCAAGGGAGCAAUCCCUAAGACUAUAUUAACUCCUAAGGAACCAAUAAAAUCAAGAGUAUCAUCUAGAGUCCCCACUUACAAGCAAAUUGUUUCUGGUGUGGAGAAUGAUAAUGUUGAUUCUCCUGCAGGGAUGGGAAUGGGAAGAGGAGGAAGAAUUGGUGGUGGUAGUGACAUACUGGCAGGAGCUCAAUCAAGUGGUGGUAGAGGAAAGAGUGGUGGUAGUAGAGGUGGUACUGGAGGUGGUAGCUCAGGAGGAGAAGGUGGAGGUGGAGGAAGAGGUGGUCCAGAAGGUGGUGGAGGUGGUGAUGGAAGAGGCCCUUUAUCUAAAGAAGAGGCCUAA